AUGUUAAGAGAAGCAUUCGUUACUUCGAAAACCAACGAUGGAAAUACAUUUAAUGAUAUUGCACGAAGUAAUGGUGAAGAUUUUUGGAAGAUAUUACAAGGACCUAUUUAUUCACGAUUGUAUAAUAUUGAUAAUACUGAACUCAAUAUAUCAAAAACUGAUUAUGGUUACAUAUAUAAUGAAAAUAAAAUUCUUGGAGUUGCACGAUUAAGACAAGUUCGAAUUAAACCAAAUUCUUGUAAACUUCAUAAAGAAUUUGCUAAACGAAAUUUUACUCAAAAAUGUUAUGCAGAAUAUACAAUUGAUAAAGAAGAUCAAGAUUCAUUUGGUAAUAAUUCAUUAAAUAUCUUUACAUCUGAUGCUUGGAAUUAUACAUCUGUUAAACAGACUAAAACAAGUGUAUAUACAGGUGUUGUAUCUGAAUAUGGUGGUGGUGGUUAUGUACAAUUGUUUACUCGAAAUGCUAAUACAACAAUGGAAAUUCUUCGAGAAUUAGAAAGAAAUUCAUGGAUUAAUCGAGGUACACGAGCAAUAUUUUUUGAUGUUAUUGUUUAUAAUCCAAAUAUUAAUUUAUUUUGUCAUAUACGUCUUCUAGCGGAAUAUCCAUCAUCAGGUGGUGCUAUUACUUCAACAUCUAUCCAAGCAGUGAAAUUAAUUCGAUACAUAUCUUCCAUUGAUUAUUUAACUUUUGUUUGUGAAAUAAUAUUUACUCUGAUUGUUAUCCUUCAAAUAAUUGAAUGUGUUAUUGAAAUUUUCGAUAAAAAAUAUUUAUUUCUAUUCAAUCUAUGGAAUUUAAUAAAUCUUAUUACAAUUAUUCUUUCAUUUAUAUGUAUUCUAUAUGAAAUAUUAAAUCAUUUUUCAACAACAAAACAUCUUAGUGAAUUAUUAAAAAUUGAAAAUAAUUAUCCAAAUUUUAAUGAAUUAUUUAAUUUAAAAAUCAAUUCAGAUUUUUAUUUAGGUUUAACACUUGCAAUAACAUGGGUAAAAAUUUUUAAAUAUUUAAAUAUAAAUAAAACAAUGCUUUUACUUAAUAAAACAAUUUCAUCUUGUUUAAAUGAAAUAUUUGCAUUUACAUCAAUUUUUUUAAUUAUUUUUCUUGCUUAUACUCAACUUGGUUGGAUUUUAUUUGGUAGAUAUUUAACUGAAUGGAGAUCAUUUCGUACAUCAAUUUUUGCUUUAUUUCGAAUGAUACUUGGUGAUUUUAAUCUUUAUGCAAUGAGAAAUGUUGGUCAAAUAAUUGGACCAUUAUUUUUAUUUUCAUAUAUUUAUUUUGUUUAUUUUGUUUUAUUAAAUAUGUUUUUAGCUAUUAUAAAUGAAACAUAUUCAAGAAUUGAAUCUGAUACAACAUUAAAAACAUAUAAAAUAAAAAAAUUUUCAAUGAAUUUUUAUCAAUUAAUACCGAGAAAAAAAUCAAUUGAUUAUGAAACAAAUUUAAAAACUCGUGGUUAUACGGAUGAUGAUAUUAAAAAAAUCAUUAAUAAAUAUGAUAAAAAUAAAGAUGGAAAUUUAGAUGAAGAAGAACAAAAGAUAAUGAAACAUGAUUUAGAAACAGGACAAUUAAAACUUAAUCAAAAUUACGAACAACAAUCAACGAGGUUACUAUUAGAUGAUGAUGAUGAUGAUGAAUUAAUAAAAUUAGAUAUGUCAUCAAUAGUAGCUUCAAAUUUUUGUGAAAAUAAUUUAAUUGAAUUACGUUUAGAUCAAGAUAUGGAAUAUGACAAUGAUAUAGCCAAUGAAAUUAAAAAUUAA